CUCGGGCCGCCAUUUUGACCGAGCAACCAUAGUGACAGGAGCCGAAGCAGCAGCUCAGGUUGUCCCCGUUUCCCCUCCCCCUUCCCUUUUCCGGCUGACUUUCCGGGCCCUGCAUUUCACAGUCCCGGUCCUGCCAUGUCCCAGAAACAAGAAGAGAACCCUGCGGAGGAGACUGGCGAGGAGAAGCAGGACACACAGGAGAAAGAAGGUGUUCUCCCCGAGAGAGCUGAGGAGGCCAAGCUAAAGGCCAAAUACCCAAGCCUAGGACAAAAGCCUGGGGGCUCCGAUUUCCUCAUGAAGAGACUCCAGAAAGGGCAAAAGUACUUUGACUCAGGAGACUACAACAUGGCCAAAGCGAAAAUGAAGAACAAACAGCUGCCGAGCGCAGGGCCAGACAAGAACCUGGUGACCGGCGACCACAUCCCCACCCCACAGGACCUGCCCCAGAGCAAGUCCUCGCUCGUCACCAGCAAGCUUGCGGGGUUACCUGGGCCCCUCUCUUCCCCUUCCUCACCCACUGGACUUCUAUAUAUUAUAGGCAGGGAAUGGGCACCUAGUCAGAGCUCAGCUUGCCAUCCGGGGAAGACAUUCUGCUGGAGGCUUAGGUUGAAGAGGCAUUCUGGGUUCAUUUCUUUGGGUAAAUUGAAACUUCUACACCCUUACUGUAGCCCAGUAGAGACCCAGAAGUAGGAAAGACUAGGACCGGAUAGCACUGCAGCUGUUCCUGUGCUGAGAAGCGUGGAAGAUGGGAGUUCUCCUUUUGGAGGAGCAAGCCCUUGGGCAGGCUGAGUCUGGGAGCAGUGUGGCAGGUUCAGUGUUCCAAGGCUGCACUGAUGUGUUGGGAAAGGAGACGCUCUCUGUGCUUCUAAGUGUGUUGUCCCUUAGGCCUCUGUGCUUUGUGUUCCCAUUGUGGGUGUUUAGGGAACCUUCAAAGAGGAGAAGGGAUUUGCUUGCCUAAAACCACAGUGCCCACCUAACCUCUCUGUUGUGUCCCUCCAACAAUUGCCCUGCUUCUCAAGGAGUGGAAAGCUUGAUCUUUUCUCUUUCAGCAUGUAGCUUUGGAGCAUAUGCUGGGAGAGUGGGAAGAGUGUAGGGUCGGAACACCCGGCUCCAGUGCUGCUCGUGCCCAGCAGCACUGGCGUAUGAGCUUGGCUGGGUCAUGUGGCCUCUGAGUCUGUUCCUCAUCUCUGCAGAGCAGGAACCGUGUAGGCUAAUUCUGACUAAAAUCCUACACCUGCCCUAACUGCCGUUCAUCCUAAAACCAACCGAGGCAGGCCCUUGCUAAGCCUCAGCUCUGUAAAGCUAGAAGUCCAGGGUAACAGGAGGGGUGCUAUAUGGGAAGAGAGAAAGUUUGAGAUUCAAGGGCCACACCUUCAGACAAGGCCUUCUUGAGGGAGGAGGGGAGAGAGAGUAAGUCUGAAGAAGCCAGCCCUGGAAGUGUUUUGACUCUCCCAUUUUCCUGAUCUACAGUUGACCCUAGCUGCUGCAAACCACUCUGGCAGCAGACUGGAUGGGCCUGAGGAAACACUCGUGCUUCAGGUGUAAUCCGAUGCUAGCUGUAUGUUAGGCAUGGAGGAAGAAGGGAUGAACGGAGCUGGCCCCGAGGAGUUAGUGCUCCUGCCAGCUGGAGCAUCUGGGCCUUAGCAGAUGAUUCACUGGUGGAGGCGGAGAGUGGGGAGGGUGACAGCAGCCUGCCUUGCUGUGUCAUCACUAGUUUGGCCUGGAUCUUACUGAGUGCCACCUGCUCGGUAACAGCAGAGAGGACCUGAGUGAGGACUGCUCAAAAGAGCAGGAUGAUGCAGUCUGUCUCCCUUCACAGAUUCCGGUGUGCCCCUAGAAGGUCUGACGAGUUUGUCGCUGUGUGUGUCGGGAAAGGGUCUAAACAUGCUCUCCUGCUUGACUGCUCGGGUCUCUGGCUGUCGUUCAGAUGGGGUAGGAGUAGGUUGGUGAGGAAGGAGUGGAGAGAGCAGGACCCUGGUCUCCCUGGCCCCCAAACUCCUUGACUCUCAUUGUAAUUGUAUAUAAUUUUUGUGUUUUUGCUCCAUUUUCUCAUGCUGUCAUCCUUAAUCUAAAGUCCAUGUGGGAAGGGGACAAUGCUGAACAUCACUGUAUAGUUUCUUCAAUGUCCCAGCCAUGUUGUACAUAGAUAUGUCAUGUUAUUAUAUAUAUAAAUAUAUAUAUAAUUUUGUACGUUUUCUUCAUCUCCGAUCUUCUCGAAUUCUGUACCUUUUCCUCUUGUCUGAGCUGCCUUCUCUAUUGGUCAGUUUUGUGUCUUCAAGGCUGCUGUUCAUGGCAAGUCUGUUUUUAAGGAAGGGACAGGAGGAAUAGGGAAAUCAAGCUAGCUUGUAAACCCAGCUCUUCAGAAAGCUGAGGCAUGAUUUGCUACUUCAAAGCUAGCCUGGGCUACAGAGUGAUAACCCUGUCUCAAAAUAAAAAGAAAAGAGAGGGCUAGAGAAUAUGGUUUAGAUGUACGGUGCUCUCCUGUCGUGCAGGAGACCCUGGUUUCAGCCUCCAGUGAUACAUACAGCAGCUAGUGGUUACACGCAUGCACACGCACACACUCCUGAGCAGAGGUGGGGACAGAGAUGGGGAAAGGACAUUAAAAUCAAAAGCAAACUAUCAGUCUCUCUCUUCAGUGCUAAGGAAGCAAAUAAGCUUCUCUUCUCAGGCUUGUUUCUUAGCAAGGAAGGGUCACUGCAUUCGAUUAAACCCAGGCUGUUUGGUCCCCUCCAAGCAAGUGUGUUCUGACCCUUGUAUCGUCAGUCACCACCUCACCGCUGUGCUUCCUGCUCCCCUGCUACCAGUGGCUGUGCCUGCAGGACUCCUGAGGCAGACAUCUGUGUCUCCCCUUAUGUCUCAAGAAUUGUUUUUCUGUUUUCCAUGAGUAUAUCAAAAAGACAGAAACAUCCUGUUUGUGAAUAGGAAAAGACUAAUUUUUUUCAACUUCCUUAUGAUUAAUAUACAGGUACAUGUCAGGGAGAAGUCAUGGGGUCGAAACUGGGAUGGAAUUCAAGAGGUUUUCCCUUUUACUUGACAGUGUUUUUUUGUUUGUUUUUUGUUUCUUUUUCUGUUCAUCCACAGUGGCCAAGUUGAAUGAUGCUGCCUGGGGCUCCACCAGAUCGUGAGACGCUGCCCACUUGGGGUCCUGUGCUGGCUCCUGCCCCUUCCUGCUUUUGCAGCCAGGGGUCAGGAGGUGGCCCAGGUGCAGGCUAGAGAGGCAGAGAUCCCUGCCCACUGGUGUCCCAGCGCAUGGAGCCCCUUGGGCUGAGCACCAAGACCUUGGACUUUUUUUUUGUUUUACAUUUUUUUCCAAAUAAUAGUUGGGAAAAAUUUCGUUGAAAUCCCAAGGGCGGGGUUAAGGGGGUGGAAUGGAAGCUGUGGGGGGAAAUGAGCUAGGGUUUGUAGCUGAUGAAAAAGACAAUUUCCUACCGUUCUUCUUAAGCACAGGUUUGGGAUGGUUCUAAGUGAAGGGGUUGUCAGCAGACUAAUGGUAAGGGCUUCGAGGUCAGCUCUAAAGAGAGAUGCAUUGUUUAAUGUGGCUAGUGACCUGGAGUCAGAGAAAAGGAAUUGUGUGCUGUAAUUUCUCUGGUUCUGCAGAGCAAUCGAGGAGUCAGUGUUACUUGUUCCUUUAACAAAAGUGUUGUCCUUGAGGCAGGUUUGCUAUGGGAGAAGGGCAAGUGAGUGGGGAGCCCCACAGAGCCCUGGGGAAUUUUUCAGUAUUUGAAAUAAAACAAGAACAACAAAAAACACCCGUGGAAAAAACCAAACCCAGAAA